AUGUCAUUGGCCCACAUCCUAGCGCUUCUCAUCCAGCUCGCACUCUUCACAUUCACCUACAUCCUAACAACGCAGAUCCUGGAAUCCCCACCGCUACAGCCACCGCAGAGCUUUAAUGCCCAGUUGUAUCGCUCGUCGCCGCCACGGGCAUUGCUGCGAAUCGUGCGGACGUGUUUGGGCGUACUGCUGGGCAUUGUGCUUACCGUAUUGAUGCCGAAGGUGUGGGAAGGGGGGAUGGUGGUGCGGAGGUGGUGGGGAUUGAGGCGAAAGGGGUGGAAUAGGCGGCUGGGGAACGGCAAUGGGAAUGGGGGAACUACAGCUUUUCAAGGGAAGCGAGUCGAUAUUACUGGAACGUCGGUUCGUUGGAACAGCUUUUGGGUCACUUGUUUCUUGGCAACCGUUAUACUGAGGAUCGUAACUCUUCUCCUAAUCACUUGGUUCCUCUCACUCUCGCUUCCGCCAGUAACAAGCGCGUCCGCCGCCGCACAAUACCGCUCGACCUCCACACCACAGCUUCUAGAUGGGCUUGCGCAGAUCGCCGACAAGACGCGGACGAGCAUGGGCUUGUGUGUUGCGUGGCUCGUCGUGUGUGUCGGAGAAGGCUGUGGGGCGUUUUAUGAGCUGGGGAGGCGGGCUGGGCUGAGGAGUGUGGGGCGGUGA